GGCGCAACGGACGCUAGUGAGCGGCAGAUCCUUGCAACGUGCGCCAUCGUCAUUCCGAGAUCAUCCUGGCACCCUUCUGGGGGUAGGACACAUCUCCAUUGAUCGCUAUUCAUUCACUUUGAGAUAGUCACGAUGCCGAAAGCGAAGAGACCGGCGACGUCGGGCUAUGCUCGAAUAGCCCAGGCCGAAGAAGACGAAGACUCCAGCAGCGAGUUCGACGACGAGCAACACCAAAACUCCCUUUCCAACCCACAAUAUGCGCCCAUCCAGCCCCAACGCAACUCGGGCAUGCGCAUGCCCGGCGGCUCUAGCUCGAACUCGCCGAGGACUCGAAAUACAUCCUCAACACGGCGGCCGCGGGCCAACUCGGGGGUCGACAUCAAAGCUAUAAACGCGAGAUUCGAGCGAUGGGCAGAUGAGAUCGCGCAGAAGUUCAAGAUGAUGAAGCAGAAAGACGCUCCAGAGGAUGAGCAGCUAGAGAUACACCAUUCUGUCUUUCAGGCGCCCGACGGGAUGCGACCGGCAACUGCAGAGUCGCUGACGUUCGACUUCGACGGCUCAUCUGAUCGCAUGACGAAACUGCAAUUCGACGAUACAGUGGAGAGUGUCAGGACGGCAAUCGAGAUGGACGUACACCCCAAGCUGAUCACCCAAGGCAGUUCAGGCAGCUACUUCGCGCGCAACACACAGGGCAAAGUCGUGGGCGUCUUCAAACCCAAGGACGAGGAGCCCUACGCGUCGCGGAACCCCAAAUGGACAAAGUGGAUACACCGCAACCUGUUCCCCUUCUUCUUUGGUCGCGCCUGUCUCAUCCCCAACCUGAGCUACGUGUCCGAAGCCGCCGCCUACGUUCUUGAUAGUCAGUUACGCACAAACCUCGUACCCUACACCGACGUGGUCGCCCUCUCCUCGAAAUCCUUCCACUAUGACUUUUGGGAUAGAAGGGCAUUCUACAGGAAGAAGAAGCCGUUUCCCGAGAAACAGGGCAGUUUUCAGGUCUUCUUGAAGGGCUUCAAGGAUGCGAACAUCUUCCUGAAAGAGAACCCGUGGCCGGACCAGCACAACUCAGGCUCCAAGACAGAGGGGGCAUCGCGGAAGAAGAAACGGAGAUGGGCCGAAGACUGCAGACCGAGUGGGCCACAAUCAGACAACGACGAGGACGAUGAUCGGCCGGGCACUGCGGAUCAGCAACAGCAACGGAGAGGGUUUUGGACCCACGCCCUGCAGCAGUCUUUCAGGGAACAACUCGAGAAGCUGGUUAUCCUAGACUACAUCAUGCGAAAUACAGACAGAGGCCUAGACAACUGGAUGAUCAAGAUUGAUCAGAAAACACAGGAAGCCACCAUCGUCGCAGAGCCACCAAAGACGAAUGGCGACGUGGGAGACGAACUAGAGCCAAACAGUUAUACCAGGCAGUCCAUGGAGGAGAUGGACCCAUACGGGCGCCGAGAGCCGAUGACUGCGAACAGUCGGUCUAGCACGCCAAUGCAGCAUGCACCCACGCCUGUGGUCACCAUCGGUGCUAUCGACAACAGCUUGUCCUGGCCAUGGAAACAUCCCGAUGCGUGGCGAAGCUACCCCUUCGGUUGGCUCUUCCUCCCUGUCUCGCUCAUCGGCCAACCCUUCUCCGAAGCCACACGUCGCCACUUCCUCCCCCUCCUCACCUCCAAACAAUGGUGGUCUGACACCCAGCUUGCCCUGCGAAAAUGCUUUAGCCAAGACGCCGACUUUAAAGAGCGCAUGUACGCGAAACAAAUCGCAGUCAUGAAAGGACAGGCGUGGAACGUGGUGGAGACACUGAAGACGCCAGAUCAUGGACCGUUGGAGCUCACAAGGAGAGCACGAGUUUGUGUCUGGGACGAUAUCGUGGAGAUACCAAUUGCGGUGCCGCUGAGAGCGCCUUCAGCGGAGAUGCGGAGGAAGCAGCAACCUGUGAGGCAGAAGCGGCUCGAGGAGGAGACUGAGGAGAUGGACAUCACGGCUGUGUCGACGCCGCCGCAAAAGCCGCAGCCUGACUUGCUCAUGAACUCCCCGCCUCUAGACUCAGCGCGCGAAAACCGGUUCAAUCUCUCACGCGACUCGUCCUCGCUGGACAUUCGCCGCUCGGACCCUAUAGCUGGACCCACGUCGCCAGCAACUGUAAGCGAUGUAAACUGGAGUUCUCGCAACAUUGCAGAGGCUACCAAUGGUCGACCCGGGCAUCGCUCGCGUAUGAGCUAUGAUGCACCUCGCCAUAACCAUCAUCACGGCAAAAAACAGCAGCGCAGAUUCUCCUUGACCAAUAGGAGAGAUCUCGACGAGUAUGGGUUCGAUGAUGAGGGCGAUCUAGGCUACGCGGCGAACGAAGAUAUGGAGGGCAACCGCAAGAAAGUUAUUGUUGAGCGGUUGGAAAUGGUCAAGGGGAGGAACCCAGUGUUUACUUGGUGUUAACAUGUCUUACUCUAUGAGCGGCUAGCCCUGUAUGGAUAUAUUGUUAUUGGGGCCUCUUACAAGUGUAGGGGAACUUGCAUAGCGGGCGUUCUUUUUUCAUGCAUGACGCUAUUAGAUAGUUGAGUUGCAUAUGCGGCGCAUUUCAUUUGUGUACACGUACCUAUAUUGGUAGCGAAGAGCCCUCUAGACAUGUUCAACCGCGUCACAAAUCUGCCCACGGGCACAACAUAUACUCAUACCCCGAUUGGGACACUACACCCCAAUA